AUGUCUCUUCCUCGUAUCUCCUUCCUGGAAGGUUGGGAUCGUUACCCAGGCCCCAUCGGUGGUCGAGACGCCUCAGCUCCAUCAGAUACUGAAUCAGAGUACGAUCUGCCAGAACCAUCUCCGCAGUCCUCCUCGUUCCCUUCAACGUAUAGCCGGCUUAAUUUCAAUCCGUAUGCGGGGCCAGGCUGGAACGAGAGCGCUGACGAUCGAGAUGAUCACCCCUCCUUGCUUGGAUCCCUUCUCUCUCCAACGGCGACGCGGGAGAGUCGAGUGGAGCCCCCAAGUGCCGACCUUGGCUCUGGCUCUGGUCCAGGGUCCAAAAUUUCCUGGUCGGUUGCGAGACCUGCUUAUGAAGUGAGCCCCGCUAAGCGCAUCGCUGCGGGAAUUGUCUUUGGAUUUGCAGCCAUUAAGCCCGUUUUGAUUCGCGAGAAUGUAUAUCGCAACCUCUGCUCGCAGGCCGAGCUCGAGGAGGAUGUGGAUGUCUGCUAUGGUCAGGAGAUUAGGUUGAACCUCAUGUUCACCAUUGCCGCUGUGGCAACCAAUGUCUCUGCCCUUCCCGUAGGAACCAUUCUAGAUGCGUAUGGUCCUCGCGUAUGUGGCCUCAUUGGCAGUUUGUGUCUCGCUCUUGGAGCUGUACUUUUUGCGUUCGCCGGCCAAUUGCCCUUUGAUGGGUACAUUCCGGGAUAUCUACUACUUUCUCUCGGUGGCCCAUUUGUGUUUAUCUCAUCAUUCCAACUGUCGAACACAUUCCCCACGCGAUCAGGACUGAUCCUCUCCAUGCUUACGGGGGCCUUUGAUGCCUCUAGCGCUUUGUUCUUGGGAUUCAGACUUCUGAGUGAACACACCGAGGGCUACAUAUCAAGCCAGAAGUUCUUCAUCGCCUACCUAAUCGUUCCGAUAUUCAUUGCCACCGUCCAGAUUACAGUGAUGCCCAAGAAAUCCUACAAAACAGCCGGCGAGCUAGUUCAAGAAGCUUCAGCACAUGUCGCCGACGAAAUGGCUGAUCGCGUAGAUGGUACAAAUGAAGAUGCCGAGCGCGAACGGAUUGACCGUCGCGCCCAGCGCCAGAGCAUCGUAAACCAGAUCCAAGGCCUUCUAGAUGAUGGCACAGCAUCAACCCGAUCUGGCGGGAUCAACGACUCUGCCUUCCAAUCCCCAAAUAUUCAAUCACCGCGCCUCGAGCCCACUGAACCAUCUCAGCCUGCAUCUAUACCCGCUAACACACCGAACACCCACACAAGCGGCGUCUGGGGUGUUCUCCACGGCAGAAGCGCCCUUCAACAACUCUGCACGCCCUGGUUCCUACUGAUCACCCUAUUUACUGUCCUCAUGAUGCUCCGAAUAAACUACUUCGUCGCUUCUCUCCGCCAACAAUAUAAUUAUCUCCUUGACCCACUCUUGGCCCGCCAAAUCAAUACAGCCUUUGACAUCCUCCUCCCCGUUGGCGGCCUCCUCUCAAUCCCAUUUAUCGGCACGUUCCUUGACACCUUCAAAACCCGCACCGUCCUCACUAUCCUCGUGGUAACGGCUACCGCAAUCGGUGUUUUGGGGUGUAUACCGAAUAGCGCGGGAGCUGCAUAUGGAAAUAUUAUGCUUUUCGUUCUCUAUCGGCCAUUCUAUUAUACCGCUGUGUCAGAUUACUCGGCGAAAGUCUUUGGUUUCCAGACGUUUGGCAAGGUAUAUGGACUGAUCAUCUGUCUUGCUGGUGUUGGAAACUUUGCGCAGGCUGGUUUGGACACGUUGACACUGAAGGUUUUCGGUGGUGAUCCUGUACCGGUCAAUGUUGUUUUGACUCUCUCGGUCACUGCUGUGGGUGGUGCGUUGGUUGCCUUUGUCUCUUGGAAGACGGCUGUUUUGGCGAAGAUGGGAAGUGGGCCAGAAAUGAGGCCAAGUUUGAUUGGGAACGGGAAUGGGAACGGGGUUCAUCCAGAGGGUGUGAUGGCGAGAGACUGGGAGACGAGACCGCUUCUUUCGAAUGAGAAUGAACGGAGAGCUUAUGGGUCCUGA